UGUCAGUCUUAUAAACAUUUAGAUCGACUUACAGUUGAACCUGUCUAUAUUUAGAUGUAACCACAGAGAACAACAACAGAUGUGGCACAUAUGAAUCUUAUUACAGUCUCAGGCUUAGUGUGAAAGGGGAAAACCCUACUUAGAGUGUUAUCAAACAAUGUCAGACGACGUUGUAUUAGAUUACCCUGUUGAAUCAGAAUUUGUUAAGGCUCUUAAAGAAGCUCAAAGUAAGGAGGACUAUACAUGUGUGCAGACCCUUCUCACUGAGGCAAGCAAAGAAAAUCCAAAUACCAUCAUAGAGUUGUCAAAUGAUGAUUGGAUGAAAGACCCUGAUGUUGAGCUCCCCCCAGCUGUACUCUUGGGUCUUUGGUCUUUGGAGUAUAAAAGAGAACUGACAAGCCCACUAUGUAUUGCUGCCGCACAAGGUUACUCUGAAUGUCUGCGAUAUUUACUGGAACAUGGUGCACAUCCCAACCUUAACGCAGGAGGAAAAGCAGCACUUCAUGAGGCCUGUGCAAACGCCAACACUGAAUGUGUAGAGCUGCUGCUGGAACAUGGAGCUAAUCCUAACCAGAUGACAGACGAGGGACUGACUGCCUUACAUCUCUGCAGAACACCACAAUCACUACGUUGUGCAAAAGCCUUGGUGAGAUACGGUGCCAAAGUGAACUUACCCAGUGAAGAAGAGGAUGAAACACCACUGCAUGUGGCAUCUAGACAUGGUCUGCCCCACCAUGCACAGUUGUACCUACGAUUCGGAGCCUGUGUGAACCAUAGCAGCUCUUCAGGUGAAACGCCACUGGGGGUGGUUUGUGGAGUCGCCCCAGAAAAGACAGACGACAGCCAAGAUGAAAGAUACCUCGAGAUCUGUCGUCUCCUCCUGGCCUAUGGAGCUAAAAUUAAUUUGUCUGAUAAAGAAUGCCGCACUCCUCUACACAAGGCUGCCCGCAAUGUUCAGCUUAAGUUGGUGGAGCUUCUCUUGGACCAUGGGGCUGAUAUCAAUGCCAUUGACUAUAACGGAUGUUCACCGUUAUCGAGAGUUCUACAAAGCUCUGUGGUUCGGCAAGAGUGGGAACCUCACAGGGUUGUUCAAACCUUGUUAAAUCGGGGCUCUAUUAAAGUCUGGCCACAAGCACUGCUGAAGGUAUUAACAGCCUGCGCAGAUGCACCUAAAACUGUGGAAAUCCUGUUCAACUCAUACACACUUGUUCCUGUGACCUCCAAAUGGGUUGAGGCUAUACCCGAGGAUACUUUUCAUCUUCACAGAACCUUUUAUGAGUCUCUCUUUGCACUGGAGUAUAAACCACGUAGUUUACAGCAUCUGUGCCGGUCUGCACUGAGGAAACAGUUUGGAUACUGCUGCUCACUCAUUCCCAGGCUCCCCAUACCAAAGCCACUUAAACAGUAUCUUCUUUUGGAACCGGAGGGGUACAUUGACUAGAGCUUUUCGCAGAAACCUUUAGGGAACUUUAGAAGGGAUUUUAAUGCAAGAAAUGUAACACUCUGAGUUUCAUAUGCAAAGUCACCAUACAGUGACAUUUUUAGAGAUUGUAUUUUUUCCACCUGUUUUCAUAUAAAUAAUCUAAUAUAUUACUGUAAAUAUAGCUUUUCAAAAUAUUUAAUUGUUUGAAUGACAGUGUGUUGCAGUUGCAGCUCAAUUAACAUUUAAUGCAUAUUAUUUCAUUAAGAAAUAAUUUUGUCUGUCAAUAAAAUAUAAUUUGUCAA